UCCAUCAAUCCCGCUGCAGAAGCGCUUUUGGCACCGGGACAAGGCUGGGAUCUCCAUAUAAAACCCGCCUCCGCCGCCGGAGAGGCUGCAUAAUAUUCCUGCCUGCUUGCCUUUGCUGCUUUGCCUGCGGUGGGUCGGUCUCCUCGGGAGGAGGCAGCCCAGUCACGUGGGAAAGCGAGCAGAAGGAGGAGGAAGCAGGGCGAGUGAAGCAGAGGCAGGGAGAAAGCAGGCAGGCAGGAGGGAUCCUCGCCUUCCCAGCCUCUCCUCUCCUCUCUCUCUCAGAUCCCUUCCUUGCCCAAGCCUUGCCAACUUUGGGGAGCCUUGCCAAGGCUUUGGGGCGGGAUGGGGCUCCCGUCGCUCUCCGUGGUGCUGAUUCUGGCCGGAGGGCUGGUCCGAGUUUCCUUACAAGGAGAAUAUCAGAGGAAACUCUACAAGGAACUUCUCAAGAACUACAACCCGUUGGAAAGACCCGUGGCCAAUGAUUCCCAACCUCUCACUGUCUCCUUCACCCUCAACCUCAGACAAAUCAUGGACGUGGAUGAAAAAAACCAGGUGUUAACCACCAACGUUUGGCUUCACAUGUAUUGGACAGACUAUUACCUCCAGUGGAAUAUGUCGGACUAUCCGGGAGUGAAAAAUGUCCGUUUUCCAGAUGGACUGAUAUGGAAGCCAGACAUUCUUCUGUACAACAGUGCAGAUGAGCGCUUUGAUGCCACAUUUCAUACCAACGUUUUGGUGAACUCCUCUGGAUAUUGCCAGUAUCUUCCCCCAGGAAUAUUCAAGAGCACUUGCUCCAUCGAUGUGCGUUGGUUCCCUUUUGAUGUCCAGAAGUGUAAGCUGAAGUUCGGCUCUUGGACAUACGGUGGAUGGUCCCUGGAUUUGCAAAUGCAAGAAGCUGAAAUCUCAGGGUACAUUUCGAACGGCGAAUGGGAUUUGGUGGGUGUUCCUGGGAAAAGGACUGAAACCUUCUACGACUGUUGCAAAGAACCCUAUCCAGAUGUGACCUUCACGGUGACGAUGCGGCGGAGGACGUUGUAUUACGGGCUCAACCUCCUUGUCCCAUGCGUUCUCAUCUCCGCUCUCGCCCUUCUCGUUUUUCUGCUGCCGGCAGACUCUGGAGAGAAGAUCUCUCUUGGGAUAACCGUUCUAUUGUCUCUCACUGUUUUUAUGCUCCUGGUCGCUGAAAUUAUGCCAGCAACAUCCGAUUCAGUGCCAUUGAUAGCACAGUAUUUUGCCAGCACUAUGAUUAUUGUCGGCCUCUCUGUGGUUGUGACCGUCAUUGUGCUGCAAUAUCACCACCACGAUCCAGACGGGGGCAAAAUGCCCAAAUGGACCAGGAUCAUCCUUCUCAACUGGUGUGCCUGGUUCCUGAGGAUGAAGCGGCCUGGAGAGGACAAAGUCCGCCCUGCGUGCCAACACAAGCAACGCCGAUGUAGCAUGUCCAGCGUCGAGAUCAACACAGUCAGUGGGCAACAAUCCAGCAAUGGAAACAUGCUCUAUAUCGGAUUCAGAGGUCUGGAAGGAGUCCAUUGUACUCCAACCACCGACUCGGGUGUGAUUUGUGGAAGGAUGACGUGUUCCCCGACGGACGACGACAACCUCCUUCACAGCGGACAUCCUUCAGAAACCGACCCGGAUCUUGCUAAGAUCUUGGAGGAAGUCCGCUACAUCGCCAAUCGGUUCAGAGACCAAGACGAGGCGGAAGCCGUUUGCAACGAGUGGAAGUUUGCCGCUUCUGUCGUAGACCGCCUCUGCUUGAUGGCGUUUUCAGUUUUCACUAUCAUUUGCACCAUCGGCAUCCUGAUGUCAGCACCCAAUUUCGUCGAGGCCGUUUCAAAGGAUUUCGCUUGACAUGGGAAAUGUUGGCGAGCUAUAGAUUAAAAGGGGGGGGGAUAAGAGUUAAGUAGCAAUAGCCUGUUUGGUGCACUUAUAUACAGGAUGUGGGGAUGCAAACCAUGUUGGGGUGGGCACGGUAUUACAAAAGGACGUUAUAACUAUUAAUAGUCCGGGCAAUUGUCCUGGGACAUGUGUAUACUGCAUCACCAUCCCUUGAGAUAACCACGUUUGGUGUUUGGAAUAAAUUAUUUAAAUUAAGUCUA